AGUUAAUUAGCAAUCAUCGCCCUUCAUCUGGAAAAUCGCAAAUUUGUAGCAAAAGUAGCAUUUUGCACAUGCUAAACGCGGCAAAGUAGAAGUGCCCCUCGAAGUGCAAGCGAGAUAGCAACACACACGAAGCGCAGAGCAAAACAAAGUCCGCUAACCGGCAGAUAAGAAGAAUAUGGUUGUGUGUUGGCAAGAAGCAGAGGGCGAGAGUGAGAGUAAAUGAAUGAUAAGCCGCCAACGACAAUUGAAGCAGCCCACACACCCACACACAGACAAGCCCUUAUAUAAAUAACACACACACACACUCUACUUGCGGCGCUUAAUCAAUUAGCUGGACACUGGCCGAGGAGGCUCCGUAGUCCAUUUCUGCUUCGACCGUCGACAGUUGCGUGCGUAGAUAGUGUUUGCCGUCGGCUGCGGACAUCACAUCACAUCAUCAUGCCUUCCAACGAGCUGCAGUCGCCCACCAGCGAAAUGGUUCUGCUUACCCCCAGCUCUGAUAAUCCGCCCAGCAUUGUUCCCGCUGCGGGGGCGUCGGCAGGUGUCAAGGAUCCACAACGCGAGGGCUCCGCCGAGUCGGACAGCAGUCGCGUGGUGAUGAAGAAACAGCUGGGCCUGCUGGAAGGCGUGGCCAUCAUCCUUGGCAUCAUAUUUGGCUCUGGAAUAUUCGUUUCGCCCAAGGGUGUGCUCCGAGAGGUGGAAUCGGUGGGCGCUUCACUCGUCAUUUGGGUGCUGUGCGGCCUGCUGUCCAUGAUUGGAGCUCUUUGCUACGCGGAACUGGGCACUGCCAUACCGAAGUCGGGCGGAGAUUACGCGUACAUCUUCGAGGCAUACGGAUCACUGCCGGCUUUCCUGUAUCUCUGGGAUGCAAUGAUGAUAUUUGUACCCACGACGAAUGCCAUUAUGGGACUGACGUUUGCAUCCUAUGUGCUGGAACCAUUCUUCGAUAGCGCCUGCGAGAUACCGAAAAUUGCCCUGCAGCUGCUGGCUGCCGUCACUAUAUGCUUCCUCACCUACCUAAAUUCGUACUACAUGAAAGUGACAACGAAGAUGCAGAACAUCAUCAUGUUUACGAAGAUUGCCGCCCUCGUGCUGAUAAUUAUCGUUGGCCUGGUGUGGAUGCUAAUGGGCCAUGUGGAGAACUUUGAUAAGCCCUUCGAGAACACUCAGACUGACCCCGGCAAGCUGUCGGUGGCUUUCUACUCGGGCAUCUUUUCGUAUGCCGGCUGGAACUAUUUGAACUUCAUGACGGAGGAGCUGCGCGACCCCUACCGCAAUCUGCCACGUGCUAUUUACAUUUCCUUGCCUCUGGUCACCGGUAUCUAUGUGCUGGCCAAUAUGGCCUAUCUGGCAGUUCUCUCCCCAUCCGAGAUGAUGGCAUCCAAUGCCAUUGCUGUGACAUUUGGCAAUAAAAUUCUCGGUGGAUUUUCUUUGAUCAUACCCGUCAUGGUGGCCAUCUCUGCCUUUGGCGGCCUCUCAGUGCACAUUAUGACCUCGUCGCGCAUGUGCUUUGUAGGCGCCCGCAAUGGCCACAUGCCGGCGAUUCUGUCCCACAUAAGUGUGAAGAGCUAUACUCCCCUGCCGUCGCUGGUCUUUCUGUGUUUUCUCUCCAUUGUGAUGCUCGUGGUGAGCGAUGUUUAUGUACUGAUCACCUAUAGCAGCAUUGUGGAGUCGUUCUUCAUCAUGCUCUCGGUGUCGGCUGUCCUAUACUUCCGCUACACACGCCCCUGCAUGGAGAGGCCAAUUAAAGUCUCUUUGUGGAUACCCGCAGUGUUUGUCGUCGUCUGCGCCUUCCUUGUUGUCGUGCCCAUCUAUGUGGCGCCCUACGAGGUCGGAAUGGGUGUAUUAAUCACCCUAAUUGGCAUACCAUUCUAUUAUGUGGGAGUCGUGUGGCAGAAUAAACCGAAAUGGGUGCAGCACACGAUUGACUCUCUGACCUACACGUGCCAGAAGCUCUUCCUGUCCGCCAAGGAGCAGAAAGAGGACUAAAGGACUAUGACAAACCAGAAACAUGCAUCACAUGGACCACAUCACGACUCAGUGGAGAUAAAGUUGAACCUUUUCUAUAUUUAUAUUUACAAAGCAGCUGAUAGGAGAAUUGUGGAAAGAACUUUCCAUCCAAUCGGUGAAUCUACCAAAAAGAUAACCAGAAUAAGCAAAAAGUCAAAAUGUAACCGUGUGACUUUCUUGAAAUUAAGUGAAAUCUUUUAUAUUUAUAUGUACAUCUACAUACAGCGUUGACCUUAAGUGCAAAACACGUCGAAUAGUAGUUUUUAGUUUCGACAAAACGCUUCUUAGACCUUAUUUCGACUGAUUUUGUAAAUUCUCGACCAAAAAGUCAAAAGUCAAAAACUAUUUACCAAAGUUGGAAUCCUAACCUCUAAAUCUGCCAUUUAAAGCGGUUCCUUAACCAAUAUUUUGUUGCAUUUGAAAUUUGUUACUUUACACGAUGUUUGUCCCCCCAUUAUUUAAAUUAUUCAUUAUGGUAUUUAAUUAAUUAUUUGCAAUUGUAAUAAAGAUUUUGUACGUUU